AUGUCGGCAGAAACCUCAAAAUCCAACGACAUCAUGGCCAAUUCAUCCGCAAACCUUUCACCUUCCUCCAAGACUCCAUCAAUCCUCGACCCUGCCAACUUCCCUCAGACCCUCUCUUCUGAAACCAUUUACAUCUCCCUUGUCUACGACCCUCUAGAUAUCCCGGCCUACCUCCGCUUUACUCGCUCCCCCACCGCUGGCGCCAAUGUGCUCUUCUUAGGCACCACACGCAAUACGUUCGACUCACGCCCGGUCUCUCGACUGUCAUACUCAGCCUACCCCUCACUAGCCCUCAAAUCUCUGUACGCCAUUGCCGAUGACGUGCAGAAGAAACAUGGGCUCGAGAAAGUGGUGAUUGUCCACCGACUGGGCGAAGUCAAAGUGGAAGAAGAGAGCAUCGCUGUCUCCGUCAGCAGCGGGCAUCGAGCCAGUGGCUGGAAGGGAGCUGAAGAGAUCUUGGAGAGAGUCAAGGCAAGAGCAGAAAUCUGGAAAAGAGAAUGGUUCGCUGACACCGGUGAGGUGGAGGAAGGAGUCUGGCGGGCGAAUAAGGAUAGGGACGCUCAAGGCAAUAUCAUUCAGACGAAAUGA